CUUUGUGUUUUGUUAAAUGAAGGUGGUUCUCCAGCUGAAGAGGGUGGGCAGAGUGUGGCAGGACGUGCUCCCUGUGAACAUCUACUGCAAGGCCAUGGGGACGCUCCUCAACACAGCCAUCAGCGAGCUCAUCGCCAGGAUACUGGCACUCGAGGACAUCUCUUCGGAGGAGGCCAACUUCCUCCACGGCCUCUUUGAGCACAUCCUGGUGCAGGGCCCUCAGGUCUUCACCCCCGUGCUGGAGGAGAAGGAGAACAGGAGGUACCAGGAGGAGGUGUCUGUGUACGUCACCAAGUGGAUGGCCUUCAAGGAGCUCGCCAUGGUGCUGCUGGCCAACCUCAACGACAUCCUCAACAGGUGGGCAGAGAGCAAGGGUCCACUGGCGCUCGCCUUCUCCUACAAUGAGGUCAAGGGUCUGAUCCGAGCCCUCUUCCAGAUAAUGGACCGCAGAGCGGCCGCCCUUGCUCAGAUCGGACCCAGUUUUUGAACCCGAGCAGCCACC